AUGGCAGACACCAGCCUCGCUGACACUGAAGGUGGCCCUGCGCUCAGCCCUGUUAUCGUGACUGGUGGCUGCGGCUUCAUUGGCUACCACAUCAUUGUCGAAAUACUGAGGCAUGAAACGGACUGCAAGAUCCACGUCAUCGACAUUGACACCCAACGCAAUCGUAUUGCUGGCGUUGAAUAUCACAAUUGCGAUAUCUCUUCUCUCUCCCAGGUUGAACAAGUUUUCGCGCAGGCUCAGCCAAAGACUAUUUUUCACGUUGCGUGCCCUGAAUCUACAGUACAGCAGCCUGCAAUAUUCAAGAAAGUCAACGUCACCGGCGCCCAGAACCUACUUAUCGCCGCCAAGGAGAUCGGGACUGUCCGCGCAUUCAUCAACACCUCAACCUCAUCCGUGAUCCACGAUAAUGUCACCGAUUUAGUGAAAGCCGACGAGAAUCUUCCAGUCCUUCAAUAUCCGGCCCAGAAACGAGUCUACACUCUCACAAAGGCGGAAGCCGAAACAGAGAUUCUCGCUGCCAAUCGUCAAAAUGGCGAUUCAUCGAUGCUGACUGUCUCGAUGCGGCCCGCGACAGUAUUUGGGGAGCGCGACACCAUUACCUUCGGCAAGAUUGUGGCAAAUGCCAGACAGGGCAAGGGUAAAAUCCAGUUCGGCCCAGGAAAGAACCUCUAUGAUUUCGUCUACGCAUCGAACUGCGCCGACGCUCACAUCCUUGCCGCAAAAGCCCUGCUGCGCGCAUGGGGCAAGUCUCCUCCACCCCCUGACAAGCGCGUCGAUGGUGAGAGCUUCAACAUCACAAAUGAGGAGUCUGUACCGUUCUGGGACUUCCAGCGAGCAAUUGCUGCAUCUGUUGGGUUGCCGGUCAAGCCGGAAGAGAUCAAGAUUCUUCCUAUCUGGGUUGCAUAUCUCAUAGCAACAAUCGCUGAGUGGUUCACGUGGAUUCGUACCUUCGGUAAAGACCAGCCCAUCGUCACUCGGGAAGCUGUUCGCUUGACAGUCAUUGAGCGCACGCUGAGUGGCGAGAAGGCAAAGCGGGUGUUAGGCUAUCAUCCGAAGGUCACCAUGGACGAGGGAUUGGCUAGAACUGGGAAGUGGUUCGUCGACGAGGAGCAGAAAUGCGGGACUAAGAAGACAAUCUAA